AUCGACACACAAGUGCAUCACCAGCCAUGCUCGACAUUCACGUCUGGGGCCCUGCCUUUGGGCUCCCAUCAAUCGAUCCUGAAUGUCUUGCCCUCAUCCUAUAUUUACAGAACGCAUCCCCGUCGGGAGACUGGCGCUUAGUCGCAAGCAACAAUCCGUCAGUGAGCCCAUCAAAUCUUCUACCAGGACUUCACCAAAAUGGAGUCUGGAUCAACGGCUUCAGCGCCAUCAUCAAGCAUCUCGUCUCCACGUCUGUAUGCACAGACCUCGACGCCAACCUCACAUCGCUGCAACGCGCAGACGCCGCCGCAUACAGCUCCUAUCUCAGCAUCCAUGCAUCCUCUCUUCUCGAUCUUUCUCUCUACGUCUCCGCUGCUAAUUGGGCCGCCACCACACGUCCAGCGUACAGCUCACUGCUGCCGUUCCCGCUAACGUGGACGCAGCCGCUCCUGAUCCGCGCCGAAGCCAUUGCGCGCACGGCGCAUUUAGGUCUGGCUGAGCUGGAUGCAGAUCUGGAUCCUAAUAGUGGUCUCCACAUCACAGCGGGAAGCGUGGCCAUUCCAGAGUCGUUUCGCAAGCAUCUGCCGCUGCAGCAGGCCAAGAAGACGGUGCAGGACGAGAUGACGCCAGAGCAAGCGGCUGCAAUCCGCCUGUACAGUAUAUCAGAGAAUUGCCUAGGAUUACUCGAGGAGGCUCUUGCUACUGGUAAACAAGAAACUGGCCAUCCCAGCUUCUUUGGCGCGUCUGGUGGCCUGUCAUCCCUGGACUGUCUUGCUUUUGGAUAUCUUGCGCUGCUGCUCCGCGCUCCAGUCCCUCGCUCUUUUGCGCGAGAUUGGAUGGAGGAUAAUGCGCCUCAGCUCUGUGGGUUUGUUAAUAGCGUUCAGUCGAAGAAUUUGCCCACGCUUGGUGCGGUAUCGUUGUCACCUGCGGACAAACAGACAUUUGCGGCAGCCACCAGCCGGUUUGCUGAUUCUGUCAUCCGUCAUAUUCCAGGCGUUGGAGAUCACUACUCUAGUGAGAUGCGCAGGCGCACGGAAGAAAAGAUCUCUGGUGUUGACUCGAGGACCUUCUUUGCUGCUUUUGGACUACUGGCGACUGGAUGUGCCGCUAGCUUCGGAGUGUAUUACUACCGACAAAUGCCACCGUUUGGGCUUGCAACGCAAACUUGGAGGCAGUUUCAUGGGGGAAGCAGGCUAAGUGACUUUGGCCAGCUUGGUUCCAUGCUGAAUAGUGCCAUGGGACCUAUGGCCUCACCUGCCUUUAGCCCGCGAGCCUCAGACUUGGAUUAGGUCAAGAAACUACAUGUACACUACACAUUUGUAUCAGUAUCUUUGUACGAUUUAGUUCUUUUAAUGACACAUUAUAAUCACUCUCAUCUUCAUUCUCAUGUAAUGAUUAAAGAUCAUUUUCAUUACGCCUAAUAUACAUCUUGCGUUUGAUGGUUCGUAAAACUUGGCAAGCCGGGAGGUGUCCUCGCCAGAGCAUGUUUCUAUCUCUAUAGCUUUUUAAAUCUGCUUGAUCUCUUUUCCGACCAAUUCUGGUCUCUCAAUAUCGAGCUCAUCCCUCAGCACGGCGAAAGCCAAGUCGGACACCAGCAGACUCUGGCCCAGACUCCAGACCAGGGUGAUGGCGUAGAAGAAGUUGGCGUUGCCGCUACCGGCAUAAACCCAAAGGUGAUAGAAUGCUGGUCCCAGGAAGGUUGAGUAUAGCACAGUCGAUGAAGCAACAAAUGUGUAUCGCAUAAGUGGAAACAGAUGGCGGAAUAAAGGCAGGACAGCAAGGAACAGUCCAGCAUCCGAAACCGACGGAUACGGCUUGAAGAUGGAGAAGAUGCCCAACAAUAUCGAAAUGGCUGCCAGCGGCUGCGAACGGAGACGAAUCGACAAGGCGCCAACAUAUCCGAGCAGGAACAGCCAGAAGACAGCAAGGAAGAAUCCACGGAACGAGUCGAAGAUUUCGAUGAAGAAGUACCACCAGAGGCCAACAUUCGGUGUCAGAUCGGAAAGGGUAAGCUGGAUACCGUAUGUGCGAGCCAAAAACUCCCAAGAAUUAUCGGUAAUGAUGUAAGACAUGCCGAAGAGGAUGCUCAUAAUGACUGAGACGCUGAGAACGUUUUUGGCGGCGAACAGAGGAGCGUAGUCGAUCUUUUUCCUUGAAGAUUGACGAUCAUAGGCGAGGAGGAUAACUGGUGGCAGCAGCAGAAUCGGGUACAAGGAGAGAUAUGAUGCGAACGACAGAGCAACCAUGGCGCUGAACGGGGCGCCGUUGAUGGCAGCAGAGACUGCCUGCAGGAUAGCACAAGUCGAAAAAGAGCUCGUCGAUCGACCAAGACACGUAGCGAUCGUGUAUGGGUUGAAUAGGAACCUAUUGAAACGUUAGUAACCUCGCAUUGCUCGGAUUAAACGCGCGCUGAAGACAUACGACGCGGCAACAAGUAGGCCACUGGAGCGCUUGGACCGGCGAGGGGACGUGUAUUGCUUCGAUUGGCCGGCCUCUCCAGACUCUGAGAUGUUCCAAAGCGCCGAGGCACUGAUUAGGUCGACAGCGAUGAAGAGAGCCGCAGUGAAGAGUGGCCAGGCCUUGACGUCGGGAAGAAAGGAAAAGAGAGGCAGAAGGAGGGGAGCCUGGUGAAAGACACCACCGUCGUAAGGGUUGACAUUAUUGUUGUAGAGAAAUAAGCCUUCUUGGACUGUAAAUUGAGACCGGAGGUUAGCAUAAGAGACAGAAAAAUGCCCCAAAAGAAAGGCGGCGCAAGGCGAUACGCAUCAAGACUCACGUCGCUUAAAGCUUGUCACAGGGGUCGAGAUCUCGACGCGGCCCGUCAGGAGGUCGGGCAAGGCCGGAAAGAGAAUAAAUAAUAGAAAGCGAAGCAAUGCAGCUCCGGCAAAGACGCCGAGCUUCUGUUGCAAUGGCAUGACGAGAUGAGGUGGCGCGAGAUGGCAGGGUUCAGACCAUGUCACGGAAGGGAUGCUUGGUGAUAACGGGAG